CAACACACGUGUUUUGCAUUGAUGUUUUGCAUUUUGCAAAAGCAAAACAAAUUUAAAAUUUAAAGUGUUUUUACUGUAAAAGAUUUUUAUAAGAGGUUAAACCGAACCAUUAAUUCAUGCUUAAUCUUGUGCAUAUUGCUUCUUGGAUAAGUGAAAUAUUUACCACAAAUUCGCAAGAAGACGGCAAAGCUGUAGGUAUGUAUGAAAGUUUUAAUUUGAAAAAUAUGAACAUAUAUAAGUUACAUAAAAAACAUGCAGUUUCAGUUUGUUACAGUUGAUGAAUUUACUUUAUACAAUAAUCUGUGUAGAAUUGUUUUAUUACUGAUAUAUAAGCAUUGUGUCGCGUAAUUUUAUGUGCAGAUGGUUAUAUUUACAUUGUAAACUGAAAGCCUUUGAAAUGUGAAAAUCUUGGUGCAGGAAAAAGCACAUAAAUGCACCCCUAUUUAAUAGUAGUUAUAGUACUGUUGAACCUGUAUUAAGCAGUCACCUACUCACCUUCGGGGAUAUCCAUAGGCGUACGGGGAAGGGGGGCAGCUGCCCCCCAGUCAAAAUGAACUCGGGCAAAUUAUAGAUGUAAGUCAGGCAAAUAUUGGGGGGAAAACUUUAAAAAGAAGACAUAUGAAAUAUAGUAGAAGUAGUAGUACAACAAUUUUGGAAAGUUUUCGCGGAAAUUUUCUUUUCAGUAAGUCGGGCACAAUGGGGAAAAGUCCCCCUAAUUUUUUCCCUCCUGUAUGCCCAUGGCUAGAUAUCACAAAUAACUGCCUAAUACAGGGUAAUAUUUGACUGUAAUAUGUAACUCAUUUUUCAUUAUCCCCCAUAAAUUAUAUAGAUGAAAGCGAAUUCCACAUAGCUGAAAGCGCAAACUUUGAACAUGUGCCGACAACUAACAUGGUUGAUUCAAUGUAUGAAUCUCCACAUGACAGUCACAAACCUUCUGUCAGCAAUGACCUUAUGCUCGACUGUUUACGUAUAUCAGAUUCCGAGGACUGGGAUACAGAAAUUGAUUCCAUGUCAUCGACAGCAACAUACUCGUCUGAACCCCUAUGUGAAUAUAAUAUGGUAACUCAUACUCAAAUUACUGGAUCAACCGUAAACACAGCACAUUCUGAGAUAAAACAAAAUGUUAACGUACAUCGUGGAUUUUCUUCUCAGAACAGCCCAAGUUCUCCCCAAAAACAGUAUUUUGACGAUGAAAUUUUUGCAAAAGCAUUACCCCAAAGGAAGUCUGAACUGCAAUUGAAUGAAGGAAACUACAUCUCUGAUCAAAAUAGCCGUCAAUAUAAACAAAGAGAGGUGGGUUAUAAUUCAGCUCAAGUUAAAUCUAAGCACCACUCACAGCAUGGUAAACAAAGCUACGACCCUGUCAGUAACCCUAACACAAGUCUGAGCCAUCACUUUCCUAGUGAUGAGCAAGAUUGUGCAGAUGGAUACAUUUGGAGUGAAACUAGUUCUAAAAGUGAUGAAAGUACAAUUCAACCUAAUAUUGUGAAAGACAUUUUAACCAAUUUCCAGGAUUCAAUUCCACACGACAUUUCAAGUGAACCGUCGAUGCCGAAUUCUGACCAAGCGUUUGAUUAUGAAAAUAUGUUUCAGUGGGAUUAUAUGGAAAGACUUACCCAUCUUGAAGCUGUAUUUACACAAGAGGACAAACCGACAUUUUUGGAUAAGCUUAAACAGACAUUAAAUUGCACGCCUCCAUAUUCGUUUCUGCUGUAUCUUGUUGAGAACCAUUACGCAAACAUGCUUGAAGGAAAGAAGUCGUUAGCUCAUGUCGCUUUAACACAGUUCGAUAAGUGGCGAAGCGAGGGAUUGUUUGCCGAGGUGGCUCCUACUGAAAUGGAGAAAGAUCGUGCCCUAUGGAUUGUCACGACUCGCAAGCUCUAUUUGUUUGAUUUGUGCAAUAAAAUUUUCGAUCUUGACAGCAAGGGAAAUGAAUAUCUUCAACGACAUAUUUAUUAUCUUUUGCAGAGUAAAAAACGUUAUAAAGAGGUCAGUUAUCAGUUAUAAAGUUUUUAUUUACGAUGGAUUCUCUAUUAAGCCUCCCUCUUUUGUAAUAUUGUGAAGUCAUCUGCAAUUAUUUCAUAAUUUAUAGGCCGUCACUAUUGCUUGCAAACUCAAUUUACAGCCUUGCUUUCAGCCAAUGGAGGUGCGGUACAGAUUUAAAUAGUUUCAUCAAUUUGGAUUUUGCAAUGACUAAUGUUACAGUAUUUUGCAUGACUAACGUUUCAUUUAUUAUUGCUUUAAAGAUAUUGUUCCCACUUGUGAUAUUAAACAAGGUUCAACUUGCUGAAAGGUAAUUAAUUGCAUGUUUGUCUAAUGAUCAAUCUGUCACUCAGUCAAUUAAUCUGUUUACCAAUUAAUGAAUUGAUCAAUCAAUGAAGAUCUAAGUAUAUCCUAUAGGUAUGUUUAUUAAUCAGCCUGUCAAUCAAUUGAUCAGCAAGUCAAUUGCUCUUUCAAUCUCUUCCAAUCAAAUAAUCAUUUAAUUAUCCAAUGAAUCUAUCAAUAAGUUUAUAAUCAGUCAACCACGUAAUCAAUUAGUUAAUCAUUUAGUCAAUAGACUAACUUAGUUAAGCAACCAAUACAUGCAGAUUAGUCAAUUAAUCAGUCAGACUGUCAUUCUACCUGUAUCAAUCCAAUCAAUAGUUCAAUCAAUCAUCCAAACAGUCAUUCAAUUAAUCAAAUCAAUAAUUCAAUCAAUCAAAUCAAUAAUUCAAUCAAUCAUUAAUUCAAUCAACCAGCAGAAGGUUAAUCAAUAAGAGUGUUCAGUGAUCAGUCAAUUAGUACUGUAUUUCAAUGAAUAAAUCCGUCUAAAUCAAUGACUAUAUACAAAUCUACUCGAACUAGCUAUAUAGCCAACUGUCCUUGGCAGCAACGAGCCUUCGUUAGUAUGUUGGACAAAUUGUGCGUCAUGUCAGAUGAACAGCUUGAUGAACUAACAAGGUAUGCCUGACACAGUGACACUUUUGUAUUUUUUAUCUACAAUGUAAUUUUAAAGCGUUUGUUCUUGUUGUAACAUACACCUGUCACUUCAGUCGCAAUUGUGAAAAGAAUGUUUCAUUCUAACAAACAGUGAAAGUUUUUGACAAGCAUGGAAAAUAGUUUAGGCCUGAUAGAGAUAUCCACUAUAAAUAAAAUUUUGGAGAGAGUUACUUAGACAUCAGAGUUAUCCAAAAAAAUUAAGUUAGUUUAGUUUUAGUUAAGUAGACAUUUGACAUUCCACUGUACAUUGAUCAUUUGCAUUCUGUAGUGAAAUUAUUCCAGCCAAACCUUCCAGUAACAAGGUAACUCAAGCUUCUUUAACAAAAUUAGGAGAGAGAAUUGUCAAGAAAUUCAACCUUAAUCCAGGUACAGCAGUCACGAAGCAACAUCUCUAAUAAUAUCUGGUCUGAGUCCAGUGAAAAAUAUUAUAUAAUUAUCUAGUUCCAACGAAUUCUGCUUUUUACAAGUUCAUGCGAAAGUGUUGAGAUUGUACUUGUACAUUUCACACCACAGAAACAGAAUUUGUCACCAGUUAACUCUCAACUGGUUUAGUUUCUUGAACUGCAAUACUGAAAUACAUGCUAAAGCCUGUUUUCCACGUCGCCUCUACAGUACCGAAACGUACUGGUGAACAUGUGCAGGUUGAAAAUGGGUUGAAAAAUUCACAUAAUACUUUGGCGUACUACGGAAGUAUUAACCAAUGGACCAAUCCCCAAUUAACCAAAAUUUUGAUCUCAACAAGUCUAGACAAAAAUUUCAUCACAGCUUGAAAGAGCAUCACAAAAUUAGUAAUAUUCCAAAGUUUCGUUGCAAAAUGUUGUAAAAUGCGGAUAAUAUAGGCUUAUAGCCUUGCGAAGUUUGCAAUUUUCAGUCAUUUUAGACACAAACGGGAAAUGGUUACCACUUCUGUGCGUAAUACAAAAUGACUGAAAAUUACAAACUUUGCAAGGCUAUAUUAUCCGCAUUUUACAACAUUUUGUAACGAAACUUUGGAAUAUUACUUUGAAAUUUUUGUUUAGGCUAGUUAAGAUUAAAAUUUUGGUUAAUUGGGGAAUGGUCCAUUGACAUUCACUAAAAUUUUUAAUUUUUUAUACGUUUCGGUACGGUACGCUUAAAGUGGAAAACGAUCUUAACUGAGGGUGUAGCUGGUUGGUUUUGGUAGCGUAAAUUGGUCUUUUAUUCUGUGUACGUUCAAUUUACAGAUGAUUUCCCGGAAUUAUUUAAAGCAAAGAACGUGAAAGGUUUAUCGUAUCUACUUCAUCAGCGACAGAAAGACGUAUGUGUGUAAUAAGUUUUAUGUGACAUAAAUAUAUCUAGUUGAUGUUGUGUCAUUUGAGGGUGAAAAAAUAUGAGCUGUGAAAAGCGAGUACAUUUGUUCCAGUAUAGUGUGAUAUGAUUUUCUAAUUUUACCUCACGUGUGACGUGACCAAGCUGCUUAAGACUUGCUACGCGACAAUACUUUUAUUUUACAACUACACAGGGCAGGAAAAAGAGUUUUCUUCCCGGGAGCACAACCUGGAGACACAAAUUUCCUGCAGACCAACGGAGUGUUUUUGUGCUAAAUCUGCAUAUGCAUAAACAUAUAGUGUUCUUGCUGACCAUGGUUUUAAGUUCAAGGAAUAAUGUCUGUCAACCAUAUGUUGUUGCGUCCAUAGUGGGACAUGGGUGUUAAGGUUUCCUUCAAAUUUUCAAUAGCAAAUCGUCAUUCAAACGAAUUUCCUGCAGCUGUUUAACAUUUCCUGCGAGCAGUGCUCGCGUGCUCGCCUAUUUUUUCCACCCCUGCAACUACAAUUAACUUUAUAGAAAGGAAGAUCAAGUAAAAAGUGGGAUGACUUGAUUGAGGUGAAGUAUAAUUUUAGUUUUACAGUUGUGGUACGUUUAAUAAUGAACUCUCCCUUAAAGCCAUGUUACAUGAACUGUAAUUUUUGACCAGAGCAGGAAAAAAGAAUUCUCUUCCCGGGAGCACAACGUGGAGACAAAAUUUCCUGCAGACCAACGGAGUAUUUUUGUGCUAAAUCUGCAUGUGCAUAAACAUAUAGUGUUUUAGCUGACCAUGGUUUUAAAUUCAAGGAAUAAUAUCUGUCAACCAUAUGUUGUUGCGCCCAUAGUGGUACAUGGGUAUUAAGGUUUCCUUCAAAUUUUCACUGGCGAACAUUGUACGCCACUGAGCACGGUCCAUGGUUUAUUCUGUCGACAUUUUUCAUAAUAUUUUUUAUCAUAAUAUUUUCAUUUUUCUUGAUUGUAAUUGUGAUCAUGGUGGUGCUGAUGAUGGUGGUGCUGAUGGUAGUUGUGGUCAUGCUGGUGGUGAGGAUGAUGGUAUUGAUGAUGGUAAUAAUUGUUGUGAUAAGGGUGGUGGUGGGAUGAUGGAAGUUUUGCUUGUAUGGCAGUAAAAAGGAUAAUGAUGAUUGUAGUACAGUUGAAUUGAGUCUAUGGCACUUUAUUUCACUCGUAGCGUUGUGUGGGCAACAGUACUGUACUACAACAAAGCCUUGUUGAUUUACUUACUGAGUUCGGAGACAAAGAAGAGGCCAAGAGAUGGGAAAGAUUUUAUCUACUUUCUUCAGAGAGAGAUCAGGAAUUGUCAAAACCAAAGUGAGUAUUAAGGGCAGAUGUUGGUCAGUAUGGUUAAUUCUCGAAUCUAGGCUGAAAAAAUUCAACAAUGAAUGAAAUUGAAUGAAUGAAACUUUACACACGUAAAAACGCACAAGUUGUAACAAACCUGCAGCCGACUUGUAGCAAUGCUGUUCCAACUUGUUAACAAGAUGUGUUCGCACUGCUUGUUCCCAGCUUGUUGACAAGUGGUCAACGGUUUGUUGACAACUUGCUACAAGGUUGUUGAGCUCAACAGACCUGUUACAAGCAAGGGUGGGUUGACUACAAAAUUUUUGUAGUUCGCUAUAAUUACAGCUACUUCAAAAAUAUGUAGUCAGCUACAACUACUGCUACUUUUGAACAAAAGUAGUUCGCUACUGACUACAGCUACUGCUUAAAAAAUGUAGCGAACUAUUUCGCUAUUUCGCUACUCUAUAUUUUUUAGUUUUACGGUAUUUGGGCUCAGGCUGUAAUUUAACCUAUAACAAGUCGACUUACGAGUAGCAACAGUAAACAAAAGGGUCAAACCAACAUUUUUGUAAGCACUAUAUACAGUGUUCAGGAGUGCCACUUUUCAAUGCGCUAAAAUAAUCUUUACUGUAUAAAAUAAUCUUUUAAGCAAACCGUGUCUUAAUAUCAUUAUAUUCUAUGAACGGUUGCUAACAAUUUUAAAAAGUAGCGAAUAGCGAUUCGCUGUUUGAAAAGUAGUCAACUACUUGGCUACUUUUAGGCAAAAUGUAGUUCGCUAUAACUACAACUACUGUUUUAAAAAAGUAGUCAAAAACUACUGGCUACUUGAAAAUUGUAGUUCGCUACAGUAGCGAACUAUACAACUACUUCGCUACUACCCACCCUUGUUUACAAGUUGUUCCAACAACUUGUUAUCGCAACAAGGUUGUUACAAGAUGUUACAACAGCUUGUUCCAAACUUGUUGACAACUUGGGACAAGCAGUGCGAACACAACUUGUUGACGGCUUGUUGACAGACUUGCCACAAGAUGUGAGAUUUUUACGCGUGUAGAGGUCUAAUCUCCUCGUGUACUUUAGAUACCAACUACGGCAGCUUAAUUCAUAUAUUAUUCCCUUUCUCAGCGACGAGUCAAAUGAAGAAGAUUGGGAAAACGAAAUAAAAGAAAACGAAACGGUGUUUUCAGAUUAUGCUGGAAGAAAACAAGAUCACAAAAAAUCUGUCUUCCCUGAGAAACCUUUGGAAGAACGAUAUCGUACAAGCGUGAAAUAUCUUACCCUUCAAAUACCGAUGCAAAAUAUAUAUUUUGUGGACGAUACAGAAUCAUUGCGUUCGUGCCAGAGAGCUUUAUCUAAGGUAUGAGCUAAAAAAAUCGACAAAAAGUUAUACAACAUACUGUAUGGGAAAAUACAGAUUCGACAAACAGAAAAAGAGGAGAAUGGAACAGAUUGUUAAUGUUUUUUUUAAACUUUAGCAUGGAGUGACAAUAGGAUUUGAUGCUGAAUGGAAACCACAGAUGUGUCAGGCUGGCUUGGCACAGAGGUACUGCAUUGUGCCCUAUCAUUUCUAAACUGUUCGCUCAAGAAUCCAGUAAUACUCGUCAUCCCCUAUUGAUCCAAUAUUACUAGAAGGAAGAAGCCUAAACUAAACUAACUUUAUUUACGCUGGAUAGCUCUAUCAGUCCUAAACUGUUCUACCUGGAGGUCCAGUAAGGAUCAUCUCUUAUUGAUCCAGUGUUACUACAGGAGGAAACCUAAACUAAACUAACUUUAUUUAUACUGGAUAGUUCUACCAGUUCUAAACUGUUCCUCCUAGAGGUCCAGUAAGGAUUAUCUCUUAUUGAUCCAGUGUUACUACAGGAGGAAACCUAAACUAAACUAACUUUAUUUACGCUGGAUAGCUCUAUCAGUUCUAAAUUGUUCUCCCUAGAUGUUCUGGUAGGGUUUUUAAAGUACCAACCUUCGUCUUCAUUUAAUCUCAUUUUCCGAUGUGCCUUAUGUGUUUCAGAUUGUCCAUCGUUCAAUUGUCACUUCGAGACCGAGUUUUUAUUUUGGACAUUAUCGCCCUGGCUGAACAAGUACCAGAGGGUUUGAUUUUGGCGUUUGGAAACGCUGUUUUUGCCAACGAAAACGUUCUGAAACUAGGUGAGCAAGUGCGAUUACUGUUUCACAAACAUUGUUUUACGAUUAUGAUUAGCAUUUCUAUAGCGCAUAUUUACGUGUGGGUAUGAUCAAAUGUGCUUUACAUCAACUAUUAUACGCUUACCUAGUUGGGGCUUCGGUGGCGAAGUGCCUAGCGCACUUGCCUUUCACUUCUAAGGCCGCUGGUUCAAGCCUCAGUGAGAACUUCUCAAUGUGACUUGAACCCAGUCCUCAUGUGAAAAGAGUAAAAGUCGACGCUCUGUCGUAAGUCGUGGGUUUUCUCCCACAGGGAAAGUUGACACGGUAGGUUAGGCACUUGGGUCAGGGAGCAGAUCAUUAAUGAGGUAUGGACUAAUAGCGGCUGCUUAAAGCGCCAUUUGUACGUUCACAGUCUACCUCGGUUUGCUUCACGCCAGUUCCGGUUCUAGUGUAACCAGUCACUGAAAAACCCUGAUAGGGAGUGUGCUGUGUAAUAUAUGUAUCUGUAUCUACAUACUUAGCCUAUAUAGACAACUUUCUUAACUGUGUUUAUCCUAACCCACCCUGUCAACUUUCCCUGUGGGAGGAAACCGGAGCAACCCGAAUUUCGGCGGGGCGUUGACCGACUCUUUUCACAUGAGUCCGUUCGAACCCAACUGCUCUGAAGACUGCGUCACGAAAAUUUUGUUUUCUCUAUACGAUGUUGUCUCCCUGGAGUUACUUUUCACAAAUAAUAUUGAUUUAAUUUAUUGCGUUGUAGGAUAUGGUGUUGAAUCUGAUUUCAAAGCUCUGAUUACCACCUUGCCAAUCCUUGAAAGGUCCAUCAAAAAGAUGAAACGUUUUGUAGACUUGUGCACCUUGAGCCAGCAGGCAAGACUAUAUAGUUAAUUUUAUCCAUUGUCUUACAUGUGUAAGAGUCACAACUGGACCCUAUAGUUCAGUUGGUUAGAGCACUGCACCGGAAUCGUAGCCCGGAGGUUCGAUUCCUGCCAGAGGGUCUAUGGUUGCAUUUUCCCCCACUGGUUCUGGUUAGGUCUAAAAUUGUAUAUGUAUAAUCUUCAAUUCGAAAUUUCCAUCUACAAAAAUCCUUCAUUUAUCAGUUCUAAACUGUUCUCUCUAGAGGUCCAGGAAGACUCAUCCCUUACUGGUGCAGUGUUACUAAAGGAGGAAAUCUAAACUAAGCUAAACUAUAAACUAACCUAAACUAAACUAAACUAAACUAAACAAGAGUAAAUACUACAUACUGAAUAACUGAAAAACUACUACCAAAUUGUACAACAUCUGCAAUAUCAAAUUUUAUAUAAAUUAAUAAUAAUACACUUUUGUGAUCAUAACAUUUUAUUUACUGUAGCACUAUAUGUAAAUACUUUAUCAUAUUGCACCUCACUUGAAGCACUGUCACCUAGUUUUGUUUGUAAAUAGGAUCCUUAUUUUGUAAUUUAAAAUGUAACUAGGGGUCUUAAUCAAAAGCCUUUUGAUGGUUUCUAGUAGGCCCCUAGCCCUAAACAUGUAAAUAUAAUAAUCAAAAUUUUUGUAAUCAAAUUGGGCGAAUUAAAAAAAAAAACAACAACAAAAACCAACUUUAUUUAUACUGGAUAGCUUUAUCAGUUCUAAACUGUUCGUUCUAUAGAUUCAGUAAGGGCCAUCUCUUGUUGAUUCAGUGUUACUACACGAGGAAAACUAACUAACCUAACUUUAUUUUUACUGGAUAGCUUUGUGUUAGUUGAUAAGUUCGACUCUUAGACUAGUUGAGGUAAAGUUAGUAUAAAAUUUGUUCUCUUCUAUUCUUUAGCUGUUUGAGAUACCAGUGAUCAAAAUCAAAGUGGACAAAACCACGCAGUCUUUAACGAGUUUUGGGCAUUUAAGUGAAAAGGGUUUGAGCUUGUUGGUCCAACAGUGUCUUGGCUUGCCUCUGGAUAAGACGUAUCAGUUAUCAGACUGGGAACAGCGACCGUUGCUAACGAAACAGGUGGAAUAUGCAGGUAUGUGACCAGGACAAGAAUUAUAUCGUAACUUUCAGGACGUUCAGAAUUCAAACUCGAAAUUUCCAUCUCCGAAACUCUUCGACUGUAUUUGAACUAUGUUUGUUUGCCUUUCACAAGCUCUGGAUGCUCGAUGUCUUAUCGAUGUGUUUGAGGUGUUGAAGAAAUGGAUGAUUGAAGGAAACAUUGUGGUUGAUUUGAACGAAUGCAGCCCAAGACUUCCGUGGUUGUUUCCAAAGCGAAGCAGGUGAAGUAUACCUUUUCUUUUAACUUGAUAUGAGAGGUGUUGGUAGCAUAUUGGCGAGCUCUCUCUAUAUAUAUAUCUGGAGUACGAAUUUCAGUCAUUGGGCCUAUGAAAAAAGUGAAGCCAAGACGGCGACUAUUGACAUCCAACAGCCAUGAAGGUUGCAAACAGUUUUAAUACCACCUUCCCCAGCUAAUUAGCCAUUCCGAAGUUGAUGAGUGGACUGAGAAUGAGUAUUAAAAAGUGCCCAAAUUAAGAAAUGAACCAAAUCACUAAAAAGACCACCUCAAAAUUAGUAAGUAUACAAAGUUUGAAGACGUUUACAUGAAUACCCUUCGAAUAAUAAGCUUUCGAAAAUCGUGAUAUUUACUAUGAAAUGUAUUGUAAUUUUGUUUUUGGGACGCGCGUCCCAAAAAAUAAUCUUUUAGUCAGUAAUUUCAGAAUUUUCGAAAGCUUAUUAAUUCGAAGGGUAUUCAUGUAAACGUCUUCAAACUUUGUAUACUUACUAAUUUUGAGGUGGUCGUUUUAGUGAUUUGGUUCAUUUCUUAAUUUGGGCACUUUUUAACACUCGUCCCCAGUCCUCUCAUCAACUUCGGAAUCAAGUUAUCAGUUCAAAAAACCGUAGUAUAUUAUUCUUCAAAUCGAAGUCAAAAUAAGAUCUCCCGUAGGAACACUGGACCAACAUCACUGAACCUCGAGGAAACAUCUUUUUCACUUGCAGAAGAAGACAAGGGAAGCCUAUCAAACAGCCAAAGCCUGGAACUUCUACCGUUGAGUUGG